UCGUUUGAUCAUGUCAAUUUUACAUUUUUACACUAAAAUACACAAUCGUUUUUACUAAGCAAACAAAAUUAGUUGAAGAAACUGUAGAACACAUUUAAAUUCUUGUGGUUUCUCAAAGCGAAACAUCAACAACAACAAAUUACAAAAACGUGGCCAAUUAUGAGUGAAGAGUCACUGCUGUCUCUCACUUUACUGCAAAAAAAAAAGUGAGAAGAAACCAAAUAUGGAUCGAUAAUCGAUAACUCUAGUCACAGGUCACGGAGGAAUUGCGUUUUUGAAAGGGAGGGACGCGUGGUGAACUACUUCUCAAACUCACUCCACUCGCUCUCUGACUCAUCACUUCUUCUUCCUUCUUCAUCUCGCAACUCACGCCCUCCCCUCCUCUUUUAAUGAAGCAGAGAAGUGCAUUGACUAAGCAAACUUCCUCUUCAACAAUGGAUUCCAAUAGUGAUGUAUACGUUCAUUUAGGAGAAGGGUCCUCUCCCAAACUAGAGAGAAUUCAUAAAGUUUCAAUGCUGCCUCUUGUAUUCUUGAUCUUCUAUGAGGUCUCAGGGGGUCCAUUUGGAGUUGAGGACAGUGUUCAGGCAGCUGGUCCCCUCUUAGCCCUUGUUGGUUUUCUGGUUUUUGCACUCAUUUGGAGUGUUCCUGAGGCUUUGAUAACAGCUGAAAUGGCGACCAUGUUUCCGGAAAAUGGUGGAUAUGUUGUUUGGGUUUCAUCAGCAUUGGGUCCUUAUUGGGGAUUCCAGCAAGGUUGGAUGAAAUGGCUGAGUGGGGUUAUUGACAAUGCUCUAUACCCCGUUUUAUUCCUAGACUAUCUGAAAUCAGGAAUCCCCGAGUUGGAAACAGGUUUAUACAGAGUAAUUGCCAUAUUGUGUUUGACUGCAUUUUUCACUUACUUGAACUAUAGAGGCUUAACUAUAGUAGGUUGGGUUGCCAUUUUACUAGGAACAUUUUCUCUACUUCCUUUCAUAUUCAUGGGACUUAUUGCAAUUCCGAAGAUACAGCCCUCAAGGUGGCUUGUGGUGGAUAUGGAAAAUGUGAACUGGGCAUUGUACUUGAAUGUUUUGUUCUGGAAUCUCAAUUACUGGGAUUCAAUUAGUACUCUAGCAGGGGAAGUAGAAAACCCGAGCAGAACACUUCCAAGAGCUCUCUUUUAUGCUCUUAUUUUGGUUGUAUCAGGAUACAUAUUUCCACUUCUGGUAGGAACUGGAGCUAUCCCGGUUGAUCGUGAACUCUGGUCUGAUGGUUACUUCUCCGAAAUCGCUAAAAUACUAGGCGGUGUAUGGUUAAGAUUUUGGGUCCAAGCUGCAUCUGCUUUGUCAAACAUGGGGAUGUUUGUAGCUGAAAUGAGCAGCGAUGCCUAUCAGCUUCAGGGGAUGGCAUACCGAGGGAUGCUUCCAGCAUUCUUUGGCAAAAAGUCUCAGCAUGGAACUCCUAUUAUAGGAAUUCUAUUCUCCGCAUCUGGUGUGAUUUUACUUUCGUGGAUGAGUUUUCAAGAGAUUGUAGCAGCAGAGAACUAUUUAUACUGUUUUGGAAUGAUAAUGGAGUUCAUAGCAUUUGUCAAGUUAAGGAUGAAAUAUCCAGCUGCAUCUCGGCCUUAUAAGAUCCCCGUCGGUACAGCAGGUGCAAUUAUGUUGUGCAUCCCCCCAACCCUGCUGAUUUUUGUGGUCUUAGCCCUUGCUUCUUUGAAGGUUAUGGUGCUAAGCCUCUUGGCUGUGAUAGUUGGGCUUGUUAUGCAUCCUUGUCUCAAGUACACUGAGAAGAAGAGAUGGUUAAGAUUCUGUGUGGCCCCUGACCUUCCUGAUAUUGGAUCAGUACUGCAAUAAACUGCGGCGAAAUCUGGUAACCAUUUUUAAGAUUUUAUUAACUUCUUGAGAUUGGUUACUAUCUCAUAUCAUUAUCAUUAUCUCCUGCUUGUAGAUAUCAGGAGAAUCUUGUAUGUAACCAUGUGGACAAAAGUUGAGUCUUAUUCAAAAGUGUUGUGGUGGUGAGAGAAAGAGUGAGCUGUGUAAAGAUUAAGCAAAUGGAUAAGAUGAUAUUAUGCUAAAACAAAAAAAUGAUAGCAACUUCAAGAGCUACCAACAUAAGAAAUGUUCUAACAGUUGCCAUGAAACAAUGAUCUUUAACUCUUCUAACUUCUAAGUCAAUCGAAUGACUCGUGUUGAAGCUGAAAUGGUACACUUUUUUUUUUUUUGAAACAAUGAAAUGGUACACUUUGAUCAAGGAUAACUCUGUAACUUUUUGGCUUUUUCUUGCUGAUGAAAAAAAAAAAAAAAUUUGGAUACUAUUCUGUUAGGUAGAUGAGGCUAAAACUUGUAGGCUUUGAUCAAGCCUUUUACAUGUUUAUUUCCAUUGUUGAUUUCACCGAUUGAGUUAAUGAAUAAUAUUUUUCCCUUUAUUAUUUUA